GUAUUGGAGGGCGCUUAUAAAUACUGACGGACAGGUUCUGGAGUUCAACACUUACCUCCAAAACAGUCGCUGUGGUGUGCACUCCUCAAAAACGAGAUCAAGAUGUCAGGUUGGCCUAUACUAAUUCUGCUAGCGUUGGCGUCUCUGACGUUCAGCGCGAAUGCCCAGGAGUCGUGCCUGAGGUGCGGCUUCCCUACUGGGAACAAGCUUCACGCUCACGCGCAUUGUGCGCAGACUGGGCCGCACAAGUACUUCCGCGAUCAGCACGACUGUGCGAAGUUCUACCAGUGUAACCGGGGCACUGCGUACGAGUUCCUGUGCGCUGAAGGAUAUGGGUUCAACGAAGAACAGAACGCUUGCGAGCAUAUUGCGAAGGUACGUUGCCCCACGGUAAGUUCUGAUCCGAGCAAUACGCAUCAGUUGGAGUACGAUUUUGUGCGUGCGAGUGGUGCUGGACAGCGGAACAGGACUUCAAGCCAUGAAGAAAGCUCCCAUCACAGCAGUUCGCACCAGUUGGAGUACGAUUUUGUGCGUGCGAGUGGUGCAGGACAGCGGAACAGGACUUCAAAUCAUGAAGGAAGCACUUCACACCAACUAGAGCACGAGGUCGUGCGUGCGAGUGGUGCUGGACAACGGAACAGGACAUCAGGUCAUGAAGAAAGCUCCCAUCACAGCAGUUCGCACCAGCAGGAGCACGAUUUUGUGCGUGCAAGCGGUGCCGGACAACGCAACAGGACUUCAAGUCAUGAAGGAAGCCAUACGCACCAGCUGGAGCACGAUUUCGUGCGUGCAAGCGGUGCUGGACAACGGAAUAGGACAUCAGGCCAUGAAGAAAGCUCCCAUCACAGCAGUUCGCACCAGCUAGAGCACGAUUUCGUGCGUGCAAGCGGUGCUGGACAACGCAACAGGACCUCAAGUCAUGAAGGAAGCACUUCACACCAACUAGAGCACGAGUUCGUGCGUGCGAGCGGUGCUGGACAACGCAACAGGACCUCAAGCCAUGAAGGAAGCACUUCACACCAACUAGAGUACGAUUUUGUGCGUGCGAGCGGUGCCGGACAACGCAACCAAACCACGUGCAACAUUUGCCAGCAGGCGAAGCAAGUUAUCCGACGGCAUGGCAACUGUCCCCGCACAAACGGGUACUAUCCGGUGAUGUUCCGCAACGAGAAGGACUGUUCCCAGUUCUACCAGUGCGAUCAUGGUACGGCCUAUCUCAUCCAGUGCCCGGCCGGAUUGCACUUCAACACGCGGCUUAGCGUGUGCGACUACCCGGACAAGGUGGACUGCAAUGGACCGGUGCUGAACGAACACGUGACAGGUGGAGCUAACGGUGGUCAUGGUGGUUCGCCGUCCUGUGCCGUCUGCCAGAGUGCAACCAGUGUUGUGCACCGUCAUCCACAAUGUCCCACCCGAAAUGGGCCCCACCCGAUCAUGUUCCGCCAUCGAACGGACUGUACGAAGUACUAUCAGUGUGAUCACGGCACUGCUUUUGAGAUCACAUGUCCCGCUGGAUUGCAUUUCAACACGGCGCUCAGCGUGUGUGAUUAUCCGGAACGAGUGGGCUGUUCCGAGGGUGCGGAAGGAUCGGGAGGCGCUAGUGAAGCGCCGGCUGUGGACCACCCAGUGGUGGCGAAGAUUCAUCCCAACUGUCCGGCUGUUACCGGUCGGCAGGAGCCUGCCUAUUGGGCCCAUCCGCACGAGUGCGGCAAGUACUUCGGUUGCCAGUGGGGAUGCGUGGAGCUGCUGAGCUGCCCGGCAGGCCAUCGGUGGGACGAUGCUCAGAAGGCUUGCUCGCCGGACGAGUCGCUCGAGUGUGCGAACGCGGAAUGGUAAUGGAGGGGAAUAUUUAUGAACACAUGCUGGAAGCCCAAUAGCAAUAAAGAAUAGUACAAGCAAUUA